AUGUAUCCUUUAAAAAAAUUAUAUAAUCCAUUUAAAACAUCAAUAAGAAAGUUUUCUUUAGUAACAAAAAAAGCUUAUGAUUUUAGCGCACAAGGAUUAAAUAAGAAUAAUGAAAUUAUAGAUGUACAAUUAUCCUCUUUUUUGGGUCAAAAAUAUUGUUGUUUAUUAUUUUAUCCAUUAAAUUUUACUUUUGUUUGCCCAACUGAAAUAAUAGAAUUUAAUAAACAUAUAAAAUCGUUUGAAAAUAAAAAUGUUGAAUUACUAGGAAUAUCAGUUGAUUCUGUGUAUAGUCAUUUAGCAUGGAAAAAUAUGCCUAUCGAGAAAGGAGGAAUAGGUAACAUUAAUUUUACUUUAGUUUCAGAUAUAAAUAAAGAAAUUUGCAAAAAUUAUGAUGUUUUAUUUAAUAACUCAUUUGCUUUAAGAGGUUUAUUUAUAAUUGAUUUAUUGGGGAAUAUUAGGCAUAAAACAAUUAAUGAUUUAUCAAUUGGUAGAAAUGUAAAUGAGGUUUUAAGAAUAAUAGAUUCAAUAAUUCAUGUUGAUAAAAGUGGAGAUGUGUGCCCCAUUAAUUGGAAAAAAGGAGAUAAAUCAUUUAAACCAAACCAAGAAUCCCUGUUAGAUUACUUAAAUAAUGAUAUAAAAAAUUAA